UAGGGGCCUGCAGCGGUACCACUGAGAGCCAGGCAAGGACUCCUAGAGAGGCACCGGAGACCGCGGAGAACGGUGGGCGGGGCUGUGGAGCGCGCCGCAGCACCACCGAGAGGCCGGGGAAGGUAGAGCGGCACCAGAGGGGCGGGCGCCUUCAGGCGCGGGAGAGGCGGGAGUGGCGGGCUCAAGGGGGAUUGUAACCGUCGCCCGCCCGCCUGCCCACCUACCCGCCUCCUUGCCCACGGCGUCUGCACUCGACACCCACCAAGAAGCAAAAGGACGGCGGUUCUGGUUCCGUCUGCUGGAUGCCAAAAUGCAGCUUCAUAAGCAAGAUGUGGUGAGCUGCCCCUGACCAAGUGAAGUCACAAAGAAAGAGCAGCUGCUGUCUGGGAGCCCUCGGCCUUCCCUGGCUUCCAGGGUGUUUCCCACUUCCUGGAGCAGCAAUGGAAAAGCCUGCAGGCAGGAAAAAGAAGACCCAGGCCCCAAAGGAGGAAACAGGGGUUCCAAAGGCCACUGUCAAAGGAGAGAAAGCAUCCAAGGCAAAAAGGCCAACCAAGAGGUCAGCGAGGCCCCGGAAGCCCCGCAAACAGCCUGUCCUGAGUCCCGAAGAUGAGGCGCAUAUCUUUGAUGCCUUUGAUGCCUCAUUUAAAGAUGACUUUGAGGGCGUCCCUGUGUUUAUUCCUUUUCAGAGGAAGAAACCUUAUGAGUGUGGUGAAUGCGGACGAAUCUUCAAACACAAGACAGACCACAUCCGCCACCAGAGAGUUCACACUGGAGAGAAGCCCUUUAAGUGUGACCAGUGUGGGAAGACCUUCAGACACAGCUCAGACGUCACCAAACAUCUGAGAAUCCAUACUGGUGAGAAGCCCUUUAAAUGUGGGGAGUGUGGGAAGGCCUUCAACUGUGGCUCCAAUCUUCUGAAACACCAGAAAACACACACUGGAGAGAAGCCUUAUGUCUGCGAGGAAUGUGGAAAAACCUUCGCCUACAGCUCCUGCCUCAUCCGGCAUCGGAAGCGUCAUCUGAGGAAGAAGCACUGAGCAGGGCAGCCUGCAACUGUGGAUCUUUGUCAAACAUCAGAUAUUGGUCUAGGUUUCUCAUGCAGUAUGCUACUGAUGGCUCGUCUGGCUGCCGUGUCUCUGUCAUCAGAAGGAAAUUUCACCUGUCAGACGUGAGAACCCACAGAGGCUUUCCGCCCUGUGAGUCUGCACUUGGUGGUAACACGGUGCUCCCUGUGGGCUUACUGCAGCUCCAGCCAUUUUCCAGACUACUUCAUCCUACUCAGGGGCAUCUUUGGAACAGCUUUGGGUCACGGAGAACUUAUAGCUAAAGUGACACCCGUAUUGGCUAGGGCCACUGCCUCCCUCUGCGGCCUCUGCUGGCUCCAUCCACUACACCUGUCAGUCCACUUGAAGGAGCCUGGCUCUGGAUGCCCGGCCCAUGCAGUCUGCUGGGGGCAAGGCAGCACUCUGACUAGCUCUGAGGACCCAGGUUCCCUUGGACUACACCAGAGCUUGCUCAUCUCUGUGCAGCUGACUGAAGUGGUCCUGAAAUUGCUCUCUUCUGGCUGAGCCAACAGUCUCUGAGCUCAGCCCCAGUGCCUGAUCCUGUACUGCACCGUGUACCCUUGUCCCAGCCACCAUCGUAGACAAGGAGCCUGGAUCCACACAGAGUGGCUGCAGUGGACCCCUGCACCCUACCAUGGUGGCAGAUUGUGUAGAUUAGGUCUUGUGGCUCCACACCCUCAGAAACAACUGACCCUGCCCCAUGGCAGCCUGCCAUUCAGGUCAGUUCCACGUCCUGCCUGUCACCAGGACAAGAUGAUGUGGUUGUGCCUGCCCUCUGUCCCAGGUGCUUUAUGAGGUCUGUGUUUUGAGGACAGCAAAGUGACUGCUGACCAGAAGGAUGCAUAGAACAGGGCCCAGACACAGAAUGCCAUGUAGUCACAUAUUCGCCCCAGAUUGGCCCUGGAAGACACCUGCAGCAGUGUCUAGGUGGCAGAGUCCAGCCAUCCCUCCAGCAGACAGGCUGCUAGUGCUAGAAGCUUAGAGAAGUCAAGAGAGUCAGUGUCUACCUCCACCACAGGGCACUGCAGAUGCCCACUGGGGUCAUGCACCGGAGGCUGUCAUCACAGAAUCCACUGGCAGCUGGAAAUCUGUAGGAAGAUGAGCUCAGGGAGGCCUUUUGGAUGCCAUGGGGUAACUCCAGGACACUUGGACUUGUUCCUACCCUGAAGUUAAGAUGGCCACAUCACAUCGUUCACGAGCAACCAUUAGCUCUGGCCCACUGUCAGCCUGCUGGAGAGUCCCCAGCACCAGCUCUUUCCUUCACCUGGGUCAGACUAAAUGUUCAGAACCUUCUAGAUGUCCUGAGCUGUGUCCUGGGCAAUGACGAGCACUCCAGCAUUGUAUUGGUAUUCUAAUUACAGAAGCAUCCUCAACCGCAGCCAGAAACUUCUGAGAUGUGCAAGGCAGCCACACGCCGCGGGCCUUGUCCUGCGGGAAGAUUCUGACAGUGUGGCUGCUGCUCAGCCUCACUUGGAGCAGAAGCACUGCCAGGGUCUGACAACAAGCAAACCAAGAGCUCUGAGCUCCACUGGCAUCCGUUCCCUCAGUCCCUCCCAACCAGGUGAGAAUUUAGGAGCCACCCUGUAAGAAGAGUCAGAAGUAGCCCUGGACUGGGCCCAGGACCAUUGGUCAGCCUUGACUCUAGCUGCCAACUUCAGCUCCUGGAAGUCUGUAGCUCCAGGGCGCACUUGGGCUCCACUCCUUCACCUUUGGGUCCAUUCCAGUUUGACAUCAAGACAGAAGCAUUUCCCGUGCCAAUGAGUUAGGACACCAAGAUGCCCUGAAGAGGAGGAAGGAAGGACUGGGGCCAAGGAAGAAAGGCUUUGUACCCUGACUCAAGGGACAGAUGCGCUGUGGCUUCUAGGGAAGAUUUGGGCGGGGGUCCCCUCUGGUGUGGACCUCAGGCACAGUGCAGACAAGGAGACUAGCCUGUGUGCCACAUUUCCCCUUAGGCUAAGAGAUGGCUCUCCCUGUCAGCUUACCCCUUCUGAACAUGGUGCCAGUAGAGUUGAAUGUUUGCUUUUUCCUGGUUCCUUCUCAAGGAAGACAAGUAGAUUGCUCUCUCCUGACUCAAAUCCCCUAGGACUGAUGCUUUCAUGGGGCAGCUCCCAGCCAACACCUAGGUGAGGCAUUGCUCUGCAGCUGGGCCUGCAGUCAUUUGGCUCUGGACCUGCAGAGGAUUCUUGGCACUGUUAGCACCCAGCUGGCCUGUCCACACCUCACCUUGGCCACAUCAGCGAUCUGCUGGAGCCUCAUCUUCUAUCUGGCUGGUGCAGAGACACCUGUGUCUCCUCAUGCCCUAUACACUCCCUGUGGGGUAUAUCCCGCCCUGCUCUGCUAAACUGCAGUGAGUGUGGAAUCCUCUUUGAGGGCUGCAGCCACAGCCCGUUGUGUUGUAGCAGAUGCUCUUCCCAGUCUGGUGUUUGUGUCGCAGUUGUUAACUCUUCUUUUCAUGUAAACCAUACUUGGUGCUGUGUCUGUGUUGUGCACAUUGGACUAGACGUUUCGUUUGCUGUGCACUCGGUGGCUUCCUUCAUGAGUGACCCCCCUGCUCCAUGGACACCUGCACUGAUCUCCACAUUGCCUUGCAGGAGCUGCCAUGGUUUUGUGAGCAGAUGCUGUUGCUGCUGCUACUGGAUGUCUAUUUUCUCAUAAAAGUAAAUGUGUUUCCAACCUGCUUACUGUGCUCUGUCAGGUUCCCACAGUGGAGGGAUGUCCUCCAAGAAGCCGCCAUCUUCCUCCACUGGGGACAGAGCUAUGAGACCAGGGUUCUGGCUGGUCACUGUUUCUCAGGAGUGCCUAGGAAGCUCCAGUGACCAAGCUCAUGAGAGUACAAUAUGUAAUUGAGAAAAGUCGUCCCUGCUGUACGGUGGGGUGAGGGUAGAGCCUCUACAGCAGCAUGACAUCGCCUUCCUUUUUGAUCCCAGCUACUAGGAUACCAGGUUAGGGUUUGGUUAGUUGUUGAGUGUCUGUAGUAGGGACUCUGGGAAUCGUCCGUGCGUUCUCCAUUCACGGCAGUUGUUCUCAACAAGGGACACGUAACAGUGCCUGGGACAGUUUGUGUGGAGGAUCUAAUGGGUAGAGGCCUCAUAAUACACAGGUGAACCCCACCACAGCAGCAGGCAGCACUGGGGCCAUGUUGUCACUCAAGAAGCUAGGGACCGAGCUGGGCUCACAGUCAGCAGAAACACAGGAGGAACCCUUCCCUUUUCUGAUGCGUUUUCCUGCAGCCCCAAGACUAACCUUAAAAUGAAGGAAAAAGGGUCAUUUGAGCUUUCAGGAUCUAGAAUAGCUAAGAAUAGUGAGACCCCCAUUUCAAAAAUGGGAUGGGGUGGGGGUGGAUCUGGAGGUUUAGCCCAAUAAUGAAACACACACAGCAGACUUGAGACCCAGGUUUCAGGUCCCAUCCCCAGCAUUUUCAAAAAAAUGAAGGCAGGCUGGAGAGAUGGUUUGAUUCUCAGCACCUACAUGGCAGCUCACAACCAACUGUAACUCCAGUUCCAGAGCAUCUGUCCCCCUUUCCUGCAUUCCGUAGGCCCAGGCAUGCAAGUGGUAUACAAACAGGCAAAACAGUGUGUGUGCGCGCGCUUGUGUGUGUGUGUGUAAAUUAAAAUAUAUCCCUCCCCUUCAAGAGUUUCAGUGCCUCCCAGUACAGUUAGAAUGAAUCCGAGUUCUGGAGUGGCUUUAGGACUGUCUGACCCUUGCUUACCACACUCCUGCCUGCCUGCUCUCUCAGGUCCAGGUAACUGGCGACACUCUUCCCAUAUCUCAAGACCUUGGCACCCACUACUUCUUUUGAACCUGUCACCUCCCUAUCACCUCUCCCUCCUUUGAUAGCACCUCCUUAGGUUAUCUUGGACAUCAGGCCUCCAUUUGUGGGGUGUCCACCAGAGAAGACUAGGACAUGGGUUUAAGCCAAAAGAAAGUCUUUGUUAGCUGGCUGGCACCUACAUCCGGUUUAGCACCAAGAAUUUCUCAGGGUAAGCUUUUCAGCACAAAAACCAUAUCCUGAGUGGACAUGCUUCAGUUAACAAGAAUGGUUACCUAGAAGCGGACCCACAGAAGUAAAAAAGCACGGUGAGUGCAUUUAGAAGCUUUCCCAGAACUAUAGCCUUUGAUGGAUUAUGUCUUUGUUUUUGUUUUUGUCAACCAGUGAUGUCUAUGUGCUGAGUUGUGCGGCCUGAGUGGUGCUUUCAUCAUGGAGUCAGCUGUGCUAAGGUUUGGGGGCCCACUAAGGUCUGGAGUCAUGUUACAUUCCCCACUGGUCUUAGUGAAUGAGUCAAAUCAUGGACUUAUCCCGCUGUAAGAAGUAUAGUUGGUCCUAAGGACCAUUAAUUUUACCUAAUUAUACAUAAUUGGCCAGUUUAAGAUACAGGAGCCCACCAUUAAUCCAAUCAGAACGAGAAUUAAAGGCCCAGGCGGCACUGAUAGUUUGAUGGCUAAAGAAACUCCGUUUUGUGCUAGGUAUCCAUCUUGGUACCCACCAGCCAACUGUCUCUGACUCCAGUCCCUGAAGAUAAGUUCCCAGUAACCCUGACGCAGUGACCUCCACCCAAAAGUGCACAGCCGUGACAUCUACGCAUCAUGAUAUGACUAACUGCUCUUUGGCUUCUGUGACCUGCUUAUGCAGACAUGCGAGGACUAUUUGAGUUCUCCUUGGCUACCUAAUUUUGGCAGAGCAGAACGGCUCCUGGAGUGCGUGUGCAGAUACUCAAGGUUGUCUUGUGGGUUUUGCCUUAAGAAUCCUCCCCUUGGGGCUGGAGAGAUGGCUCAGUGGUUAAGAGCAUUGCCUGCUCUUCUAAAGGUCCUGAGUUCAAUUCCCAGCAACCACAUGGUGGCUCACAACCAUCUGUAAAGAGGUCUGGCACCCUCUUCUGGCCUUCAGGCAUACAGACAGAAUAUUGUAUACAUAAUAAAUAAAUAAAUAUUUAAAAAAAAAAGAAUCCUCCCCUCACCCCCUUCACCCAGCAGUCUCUAGUCUGGCUCAGAGACUGCUGUCCUGCUAGCAGUAUCAAUAAAUUGAAUUAUGAUCCAGAUUGAGUCCGUGGUCUUUUCCUGAAGGUCUCAAGCUCCAUGACAUUUGGGGAACUCAUCCAGGAUCCCUGGGAUACCCCAGACUCAGGGAUAGGAGUCUUGGGAUAGUCCCUAAGUGGGGGCAAGUCCAAGGUGGACUUGGAAGCUUGGGGAAGCCCAAGAUGGUGGCUGCCCCAAAUUAAGGAGUCACUACUCGGAGACAAACCCUAAUCGGGAAAGAACCGCCAUGCGGAGACCCUAGGGUGAACAAGCCCUAAAUGGGGGCAAGCACAUUGUGGACCUGGAGGCCCCAGGACUCCCAGACUGUGACUACUGCAAAUUUGAAUUCCCAGCACUCUGGAGGCAGAGGCAGGUGGAUCUUUGUGAGUUUGAGGCCAGUCUGGGCUACAUAGAGAAACCCUGUCUUGGAAACAAACAAAAAAGUAAAAUUUGCUGGUCAAUGUGUUUUAAAACGCAGGCCAAUUCGUGAGUUGUGGUCUGAAAGUCCUGACAUCUGGGGAAACACAGGAGCUGAGAUGUGAUCAUAGACCCAGUCUGCAGGGACAGAAUGGGAGACGCCUUCCUGUCCCCCCCCCCCAGGUUCUGGUACAGAUGAGUGAAGGUGGCCACCACAUGUCUGUCUAGUCUCCAUGUGAACAUUGUUUGCUUUUGUCUGAUGGAUUUAUGCUUUCUGGUGUGCUUAAGUUUUGUUUCAGACAUGGGAGCUGGACCAAGCAUGGCUAAGACCCUUGCAUGCAGCACUGUUUUUUCAGGAUUUCCACAAGGCUGACUGCUCCUGGUGCCUCCCACUGCCCCUCUGCCAACACCACUGCCGUCUUGUUCAGUUCUGUCUCUGCCCCUGUCACUGGUUCAUUGAACCUGCUGUUAAGUCCUGUGGGUUUUCCACAAAUUGUUAUCUCUGAGCUUUAUUUUCUGCUUGCUCUGGUCAGUGGAUUCAGUUUUCAGGGAUUCAGGUGUAAUUAGACUUUGUCAGGCUGCCAGCUCCCAAACAAUAUGCACAGAGAUUUAUUAUUAUGAAAGUUUGACCUUUACCUGAGGCUUGUUCCCAACUAACUUUUCUAACUUAAAUUUACCUGUUUCUAUUAAUCUAUAUUCUACCACUUGACUUUUUACCUCUCUUCCGUUCUGUAUGUCUGACUCUCUCCACAUCUUGCUGGCAUCUCUCAAGCACCUAGAUUCUUCCUGAGUUCUUCUCUUUCCCAGGAAGUCUCGCCUAUUCUCUCCUGCAUAGCUAUUGGCCAUUCAGCUCUUUGUUAAACCAAUCACGAAUACACACCUUUGAAUAGUGUAAACAAAUAUCUCACAACAAGGCAUCUUGGGAAUAGAUAAUAUUGAAGUAUUGUUUUAUGCCGUUCUGCUUUAUUAAAAGCUGGCUCUGGAGUUGGGUUAUGGCCCUUCUCUCCUGACCCAAGCAUACCUGUUUAAAAGUUUUCUCCUAAAUCUCUAUCUUGGAGCAGACAGGUCUCCUGCCUCUUGACAGGGAAAGGAAAGCCAGCAGCCCAGGAGGAGUAGUACACUGGGUGCUUUAAAACAGCUGAAGAGAGACUGCUGCAAUAGGAAUGACUGCUGCUUCUCUCACGCUCCUUUUCUUGGUCUUAUUUAACUCUCAAACUUCUGCUAAAAUAUAAAUUUAUCUCAAUUUAAAAGACUUAUAUAAACUUUCUGUGCCUUGAAAUUUGUAAGUUUACUGGAUAUGGUUUUAAAAAACUGUAAAAACGGACUGAAGAGAAGGCUCAGAAGUUAAGAGCACUGGCUGUUCUUCCAGAGGUAUGAGUUCAAUUCCCAGCACCCACAUGGGAGCUCACAACCAUCUGUAAUGUGAUUUGUUGCCUUUUCUGGCCUGCAGGUGUGAAGGUUAAAUUUGAACUAAACUAAGACCACCCCUCUUAUGCCCUCUCCAUGAUCCCAAGUUCUUCCAAGUUCCCUAAAGGAGAAGAACUCCACCCUGGGUUUGAAUGAUGAGGGUAUGAUUGAUGGCAGCCACUAACCACGCCUGAUGUAUUUUUAACUACUUUACUCUUCAGUUCUGUACUUCCCCUCACCACAACCAAUCAGGUUAAAAGUCAACUACCCCAAGACUUUCCUACAGGGCUUGUGACCCACUUGUGGUUUUCCCUUUAUAAAUCCUAGCCUGUAAAUGCUCAAGGCUGCUCUCAGUCUCUCAAGUGCUGAGUUGCUGCCCAAAUCAAGAUUUGUUUCAAUAAACCCCUAUGUGUUUG